UCGGGGCAUACGACCCGGAACAGUCCGAACGGCCUCCUUUCGGGUUCAUCUCCGAACUUCAUCACAUCCAUUCUCAGAGGUAGGGAGGGAGAGUGAGAGAGAUAUGGCGGGUUUGCUGGCAUGGGCAGCGGACGUAGUGGGAGCAGGUGGGGCCCAAAGCAACGAAGAAGACGAUCCCAAUUCGAUCCCAAUAGUAUUCACCGCAGAGCAGCAAAAGUAUGUUCAAGAACUGGACCAGAAGGCUGCCUCUCUGGGCCGUGUGAUCCAGGAUCUACGGCUGAGACUGCCUCCACCUGACAUCUCCCAACGCCUCCCUCACCUACAUGCUCACUCCCUCGCUUCCAAUGCCGCUCUUGCCCUGCAACUCAACGCUCACUCGGCCACACGCGAACAGGCCCAAUUGAGAGAGGUCACACUGCAGGAAGAAAAUGGUGCAUACGAAAAGGCUAUAUUGAAUUGUGAGAACAAUAUACAGGAGAAAACACAGGAGGUAGAUCUUCUUCAAAGGAAGUUAGAGGGAAUGGACGAGACUGAGAGGAAUCUUAGGAUGGAGCUGGAAAGUUCAGAAGCUGCCUUGGUUGCCAGCCAAUCUGAUGAAUCCAGUGAUUCAGUUGUUCAAUCCAAGAUGGUAGCUGAAGGUGGGGCAGAUGCAGAAGUGUCAAGGUCUGCUAUACUGGACAAGUUAGAGAACAAGAAAAAAGAAUUGAGAUCAAUGGAGGAGAUUGUUCAAGAUCUGGAAAAAAGGUGGGCUCAUGUUCAGGAUAAAGCAUUGAAGCAGCCUUCCCCAGCUCAGAGAGAGAAGAUAUUAGAUAAACAGCUUCACAGCCUAAUUGAGCAACUGGCCGCAAAACAGGCACAAGCAGAAAGUCUGAUCGGUGAAAUUCACCUAAAAGAAAUGGAGCUAGAAAGUUUGAAUGGAUUGUGGAGGAGGGUUGAGAGCGACAACAUAGAAGUUAAUACUGCAAGGAACCGGUAUGGAAGAAGCACAUCUGAGAGAGGAUCUGCUUCUUCAGAUUAUCUUGCUGAUGUUCAUCUCAAACCUUCGUAUUACCCCGGUGGCCGAUCUGUAUAUCAGCAGAAACUUAUGCUACUCAGGUCGACUUUCGUGCUCUAUAUUUUUGCAUUACACAUAUUGGUCUUUAUCAAGAUUUCUAUUUGAAGGCACUAAAACUUCAUGAAUAUGUGUUUGAAUGAUAAACUUGAGUAUAUUCUCUAUUCUGUAGUCAUAGUUAUGGACCAAUGGUUAUAAGAAUCUUUUUUUGUAUAUUUAA